AUGAAUACGGUUUCCUCGAACGUUUUUCACCGUCGCCUUGACGUUGAACCAUUGUACGCUAUUCGGGCCGAAGGCAAUUAUAUCUAUACCAAAGACGGACGCAAAAUUCUUGAUGGUGGUGUUGGUUCUGGUGUGACAACAAUUGGUUAUGGUCAUAAACGUGUCACUGAAGGUAUUGUCGAUCAGCUGCAGACUGUUAAUUAUGUACAAUGCACCACGUUUACCAGCAAAGCAGCUGAAGAGUUAGCUGAUGAGCUCGUCAAAGAAAGUGGCAUGAAAAGAGCUCUGUUCGUCAACAGUGGAUCCGAAGCUGUUGAAUCGGCAAUCAAACUUGUCAGACAGUAUCAUUUGGAAAACAAGCAACCUCAAAGAGUUAAUUUUAUUGCUCGCCGGCAGAAUUACCACGGUAAUUCACUUGGAGCACUUGGUCUCAGUAGCCAUAAAUUACGUCGUGAUCCUUUUUUACCAUUAUUCUCGCCUCAUUUUCAUCAUGUUUCACCAUGUUUUGCCUAUCAUUACAAGUUGGUUGACGAGUCGGACGAGACGUAUGUGAAGCGUCUUGUGGAUGAAUUGGAGGCCAAAUUUCAAGAACUCAGUCCUGAAACAGUGGCUGCUUUUUUCGCGGAGACGGUUGUCGGCGCCACAAGUGGUUGCACUCUAGCAAUGCCUGGUUAUUUCAAGGCGAUGCGUGAAGUGUGUGAUAGACAUGGAGCUCUCUUUGUUCUCGAUGAAAUCAUGUGCGGUAUUGGUCGAACGGGCAAACUGCAUGCAUGGCAAUGGGAAAAUCUUUCAUCUCCACCUGAUAUUCAAGUCAAUGGAAAGGGUCUCGCUGGUGGAUAUGCUCCUAUUGGAGCAGUACUUGUUUCAGCCAAAGUUAUUGAUAUGUUGUCUGCUGGUUCAGUUGCUCUCUACCCUUGUUCAAAAGGUACAUUCGACGGUAUUAGUGGAGAUCAUAUUAUCAUCGCCCCGCCGUAUACAAUUACUGAACAGGAGCUUGUUUUUCUUGUUGACAGUCUUAAAGCGUCGAUUGAUAUCGUCUUGCAAGCUGAUCCUGUUUAG